UGGUAGCUGACAGCCGCCAUAUAGCCUACUAGCUUCCUAGCACAUUAUCUGGGAAAGGUGUUUGAGAAAAAGCUGUGUAUUCAGGGUGAUACUAAAUGUAAUUCUAAGUGUAAAUGUAAAAUAAUAUCGCAUUUGGGAUUCUUCUUGGCCAGUGUGUGUGUGUGUGUGUGUGUGUGUGUGUGUGUGUGUGGCACAGGUUUGCAGCAGGACAUGGCUAGCUGGUGAUGCUUGAUGCUGACUAGCUGUAAUACUCCAGGGUUUAGGUCCAUUGAUAAAAGUUUAUAAGGCUGCAUUCUCAUGGCGGCAACCUCCCAGCUGUUUCGGGUAAUCCAUAGCAGGGGGUUUGGUCGUACUUGUUUGCCAUCCGUUUUGUGCCAAACCUGCUUCCAACUCCAUCAUCCAUGCACCAGUGUCUACCAACCAAAUGCAGCUUCAGAUCCAAUUCAGCCCCUGUUGCGGAGCUACAGGACAUCCGCUGCACGGCUCACGUACUACCUCACACCACCUCAGGUGAACAGCAUCCUGAAAGCCAAUGAAUACAGCUUCAAAGUGCCUGAGUUUGAUGGCAAAAACCUCAGCUCGGUCAUGGGGUUCGAUAGUAAUCAACUCCCAGCCAAUGCACCUAUCGAGGACCGGCGCAGUGCAGCGACGUGCUUGCAGACACGUGGCAUGCUCUAUGGUGUCUUUGAUGGGCAUGCAGGCUGUGCCUGUGCCCAGGCAUUGAGCGAGAGGCUCUUCUACUACAUAGCCGUGGCCAUGCUGCCGCACGAAACACUUGCCGAGCUGGAGAACGCCGUGGAGAGCGGCCGGCCACUUCAGCCCAUCCUGCAGUGGCACAAGCACCCAAAUGACUACUUCAGCCGCGAGGCGUCACGCCUCUAUUUCAACAGCUUGCGCACGUACUGGCAGGAACUGCUGGACCUGAGCACACCUGGAGAACACCCUGUCAUUUCUGAAGUGUUGGUGAACGCCUUCAAACGCCUAGACAAUGACAUCUCUUUGGAGGCACAGGUGGGGGAUGCCAAUUCCUUCCUGCACUACUGGGUGUUAAGUGUGGCCUUCUCAGGUGCCACGGCAUGCGUGGCACACAUAGACGGUGCUGACUUGCACGUGGCAAAUGCGGGUGAUGGCCGUGCUGUUCUGGGUGUGCAGGAGCCCGAUGGCUCGUUCUCGGCACUGACCCUCUCCAAUGACCACAAUGCACAGAAUGAGGCCGAGGUUCAACGCGUACGUUCUGAGCACCCUCACUCUGAGGCCAAGACAGUGGUGAGGCAGGACAGGCUGCUAGGUCUCCUCAUGCCGUUUCGUGCAUUCGGUGAUGUCAAGUUCAAGUGGAGUGUGGAACUGCAGCGGCGCGUGCUGGAGUCCGGCCCAGACCAACUUCACGAGAACGAGCACGCCAAGUUUGUGCCGCCCAACUACUACACACCACCGUACCUGACAGCUGAGCCUGAGGUGACGUAUCACCGGCUUCGGCCACAAGACCGCUUCUUGGUGCUUGGUUCGGAUGGAUUGUGGGAGACGCUGCACCGGCAGGAGGUCGUGCGUAUCGUGGGCGAGCACCUGACUGGAGUGCGCCAGCAGCAACCCAUCAGUGUGGGCGGCUACAGGGUCACCCUGGGCCAAAUGCAGGGUCUUCUGCAGGAGAGGAAGGCACGUGUCUCCUCCACGUUUCAAGACCAGAACGCAGCCACGCACCUGAUCCGCCACGCUGUAGGCAAUAAUGAAUUUGGCAUGGUGGAUCACGAGAGGCUUUCCAAGAUGCUCAGCUUGCCAGAGGAGCUAGCACGCAUGUACAGAGAUGAUAUCACCAUCAUUAUAGUGCAAUUUAACCCACACGUCAUAGGAGCUCAGCAGAACUGAAUGUACUCUUUAUUUCUUUGUUUCUGUUACACUGCUUUUGUAAACACUCAUGAAUAGAUGAUGAGCAAGAUGGUAGUGGCGGGGGUGGUGUGUGUGUGUGUGUGUGUGUGUGUGUGUUGGGGGGUGUUAACAUAUCAUGCUGUAUUAUCAUAUUUAUGCACCAUAAUCACAAUUCUGUCUGCAGUUGUCUGAGUUCCUCAGUACAGUGAAGGAAAAUAUGAGGAGUGAAAGAGAAAUUUGGGUUUAACUUGGAGAUGUCUGAGGAUGCUUUGUUGUUGGUUUGCAGUGUAUAUGCUUGUUUAAAAGAAAUUGCCUUAGUUUGUAUCAUUCAUGCUGCAUCCCAUUAACUUGAGCACUAAAGCCAAAAACUAAGGAAAGUGUUGACAUUUCAGUAUUGCCUACUACCGGAAAUGUUCAAAGUAAGUGUUAACUUUUCAGGUAAUAACACAUUGCUGUGAAAAAUAUUUAGAAUCCUGUAGCAAAACUCAUAUUUUAAAGAAUCCCAAAUUCUCAGCUGAAAAUGAUUAAUUAAUUAAGGAAAAGAUUGUUCAUUCAUUGUUCACAAAUUCGAAUUUUUUUUUUUUUUUUUUUUUUGCACCACUGUUGUCUGAGUACAUCUUCAAAAAAGCAACUUUUUCCUGUAGACUAAAGACAGAAGACACACAAUUCAAUUUUCAGUGCAUCCUUGCAUUAAGAGGGAUAAAGACUAAUUGUGUGUUUGAUCAGUUUAAUCAGACUAUCAGUAGUAAAAGCCUGAUUGUGAUCAUCAUGAUCUUAAUCAUAAAGAUGUCUUUGAGAUACUGGACAUGGUGCAGGUCGUUUGUGCAGUAGCUUAAUAAUAAGCAACUGAAUCCAUAUUGUUUUCCAAAUCAGUGACCAAAAAUGCAGUAUUUUAUUGAUACCCAUGAUUAUUACAAGCAGGAGCAAAGCAUUCAUAUCUGGUCCUGGUUGUAGUGUUGAGUAGAAUUCAUCAUUUCAUGGCCUGUGUCACUGAGGGAUAUUGGGUGCAGAUAGUUACUGAUGUUAACGAGGACACGAAAGUGAAUUGGUUUGUGUAUUUACGCAUGACUCUGUCUUUGCGUCUAUGCCACUGUGGUCAAUUAUGUAACGAAAUACAUUGUUUUAUAGACUGAACCUGCUUAGUCCACACUCUUCAAGUGAGACUUGUGUCGUGAGAGUUUAAAUGCACGCAGGCUGAUUGUAAUUUCUCUGACGCUUAUGGUGUGCAUUGUGACUGAAGACAACAAACGCCCAUCAGUCCAGUAAGUGUUACACUUCUGCUUGUCUGUAGAAGGUCAAAACGAAUGUAGCUUUGAUUUCCAGCUGAUAGCAUCAGCCUCACUCUUCUGCAGUAAAUACAAAUUUUAACAGCUUUUAGCGACACCUGCACGUAAACGACAUUUAAAUGCGAAUGAAACUACUAAUCAUCUUGUUUAACAACUUUUUCUAACACGUGGCCAACUUUAUGAAUUGUAUUAGCUUAUAGUGGCACAAGGGAGAUGGGAUACCUGUGAAAAUGUACGGUUAUUAAAAUGAUGAAAGCUAUCAUGGCCUUCCUGGUCAAAAUUCACUGAAAGGAGCAGGAAACAAGGCUAAAGAGAUACUUUUGUCCUUCAAAUUAAUGCACGCGUCCCUCCUCUCUCUGACGUUUGAUAUAUUAAAAGUAUAAGAUAUGUACAUAUUUAACUUGACAUGGUUAUCUUCAAAAUUGCAUGUCUCGUACCUUAUCUCUUGCAUUCGAUACAUUAAAUAUCCACAUCUGUAACAGGUAUAUUUAUAUGUAUAACUUAUACAUAUUUGUGUAUGAAUAUGGGAACUCUGGUAUUUUGUAUUUAAAUAUUUUAAUAAAACAUUAAAUACAACUAAUAAAUCUUUGAA